AUGGCUGAUCUUAUGCUGAAUCUGAAGACCUUUCAACCUGAUUACGGAGCAGAGGCAACUGAGGAGCACCUCCUGUGUUUGAGAAAGUAUGCCAAAGGGCUGACAGUUAAUGCCUGUGCCCAUGCAGUCUUCUUCUGCCAGCUGCUUGAUGCCACCAAGCAGAAACAGAAGAUUCGUGAGAAUGUGCCUCUUUAUGCCCGGGAAUCCAAGGAAAUAAGUCUUCGAAGCCUAAAGAUUGGAAUAAUUGGGGGAGGCCACAUUGGAAAACAGCUGGCCAGAGUGCUCCUGGAACUGGGUGGCUUUCCAGGAAAGAAUAUCCAGAUCUCUACAAGGUGGCCAGAGACUCUGUUAGAAUUUCAGGCACUAGGAGUUGACUGCUUUUACAACAACAGGAAGCUGGUGGGCUGGGCAGACGUUGUGUUUCUCUGCUGCCUCCCUUCCCAUCUGCCAUACAUCUGCUCAGAAGUUCACAAGGAACUCAAACAAUCUUCUAUUGUAUACAGCCUGGUCUCAGCUAUCCCUCUGCCCAGGCUGAAGCAACUCAUUUCCUCCAAUGCUGUCUUGAGGCCACACUACACCUUCACAGACGGCAGCCCCCUCACUUCGUGGGAGAUGAACAGGACAGUUGUGGAAGCGCUCAGAGAUCCAGCUGUUGUGCGGGCUACGUGUCCCCUUGGCCCUAUGGGGGCAAUUGCUGUGAAUCCCAAGUGGCUGGAGGCUGUUUUCUAUGCCACUCUAAACAGUUACACACGUCAGGAUUUAUCCUAUACAGAGGCCCUGAAGUUACUCAAUGAAGUAUGUUUUCAUGAGAAUGUCACCACCUCCUCUGAGGAACAGAAAUCACCACCACCACAACCACUGUUUGUUUGCGAAAGCUUUAUCAAUGAGGCCUUCGCUUCCUCAUUGACACCUGAUGAUACCUUCCCCUGGUUUGACCUGACAGCUGUACAGCUAAAGGAGACUCCCCUUCACCAGCUUCUAGCAACAGAUACGUCUUUCCGGAAUAACAUUGCUUCAUUUUAUUGUAAUGUCAUUGCUCUGUUGGCUGCAGAUUAUGAAGAAAGCAUGGUAGGCAUCCCUAAGAAGAUUCCUCUAUCAGCUGUGCUCUUGCAUCCCACCACAAAUCAGGAAUUAACAGCAUCUGGCACGGAUGGGACUUGUCCAAGUAAUGCAGAGGAGGCAUCUAGUAGUGACUCUGAAGACAUAAAUUAAUUAUUCUGAGAUUCAAGCUGUUUAGAGGUGGGAAGGC